AUGAAACCUUACACAUAUUCAUAUUCAGGAGAACGUGGACCACGUGUGUGGCAAACAGUGCGCGUAUCUGGCGACAAGCCACAAAAAUACCGCCUUUCUGGGCUGAAACCGAAAACUUAUUAUGCCAUCCGGGUACAAGCAAUUAGCGAUCGAGGGCCAGGCGUUGUUUCAGAUGUCGUCAAAAUGAAGACGUUACCAGUAGCUCCUGCUGUCGUGAAGCCAGCUGAUAUCAAAGUGCAUGACAAUAAUACAGUUGCAGUAAGAUUUAGCGCGCCGCGGGAUCCAGAAGAUCCAAGGAAGCCUAUUAAGGAAUUCGUUGUGCACUAUACGGCCGACGAUCCAUCAAGCGAUGAUGCCCAGUGGAAAGAAAUGUUCUGGACGGAGCCCGACGAUGAUUUCUCAGUGAGUAUACCGAUCGGCGGCGAACACUUCAAACCGGACACCAAAUAUUCAAUCAAGGUUUGA